AUGGGGAGCAGCAGCGACAGUUCGAAGACAUGGGUGUCUGAUCAGUUGAUGUCGAUGCUGGGAUAUUCACAGCCCACGUUGGUUCAAUACGUUAUUGCACUGGCUAAGCAAGCAACUUCAACUGGUGGUUUGGUGAACAAGCUUUCAGUGGAAUGUGGAUCAUUGUCUUCAUCAUCUGUCACUCUUCAUGCUUUUGCCGAAGAAAUCUUCACUAGGGUACCCCGUAAAGAUAGUGGUGUAGUAACCCUCUAUCAGAAACGAGAGAUGGAGGCUGCAAUGCUGGCAAGAAAGCAGAGGACUUAUGCUGUACUUUUGGAUGAUGCUGAUGAUGAUGAUGAAAAAAGAUGGGUUAAAAGGCGAACAAUAACCGGAGAUGAAGAAGGUGAUGAUGAUGGUUCAGAGUCAGAAGAGGAGAGACUAGUGCGUGACCAAAGAGAGAGGGAGCAACUAGAGCAAAAUAUAAGAAACCGGGAUGUAAUAGGUACACAAAAUUUAUUAAUGGAGCCUGUUGAGAAAGAUGACAUUACAACUUUAAGAAGAGUUUCAAGGCAAGAGUACUUGAAGAAAAGGGAGGAAAAGAAAGUAGAGGAAUUAAGAGAUGAUAUUGAAGAUGAGGAGUAUUUAUUUGAUGGGGUGAAGCUUACUGAAGCUGAAUAUGGUGAGUUAAGGCACAAGAAGGAAUUGUAUGAGAUUGUGAAGAAGAAGAAGAAGAAGAAGAAGAAGCAAUCAGUGGAGGUUGAUGAUACAAGUGAGUACAAAAUUCCUGAAGCCUAUGAUCAAGAAGGGAGUGUUAAUCAGGAAAAGAGAUUUGAUGUGGCUUUGAAACGUUGCAGAGACCAAGAAUGUGUUGGGGGUAAAAUGAAUCCUUUUGCAGAACAAGAGGCUUGGGAGGAUUAUCAAAUUGGAAAGGCAAUGCUGAAAUAUGGUUCAAAGAAUAAAAGGCAAAUAUCUGAUGAUGACUAUCAGUUUGUGUUUGAGGAUCAGAUUGAUUUUAUCAAAACUUCAGUUGUGGAUGGUUACAAUACUGACAAUGAGGAGGUGUCCAAGUUGCUUGAGAAGUCUAAGGCAAAAUCAGCUUUGGAGAGGCUUCAAGAGGAGAGAAAAUCUUUACCUAUCUAUUCAUAUCGCGAUGAACUGCUUCAAGCCAUUCAAGAUUAUCAAGUUGUUGUUAUUGUUGGUGAAACUGGUUCUGGGAAGACUACACAGAUACCCCAAUAUCUUCAUGAAGCUGGAUACACAAAGCGCGGAAAGAUUGGAUGCACACAGCCACGACGAGUUGCUGCUAUGAGUGUUGCUGCUCGAGUUUCUCAUGAAAUGGGUGUCAAACUUGGCCAUGAGGUAGGUUAUUCUAUCCGUUUUGAAGAUUGCACUUCAGAAAAGACUGUUCUGAAAUAUAUGACAGAUGGGAUGUUGUUGCGAGAGUUUCUGGCUGAACCUGAUUUGGAAAGCUAUAGUGUGUUAAUGGUGGAUGAGACCCAUGAAAGAACUCUCUCAACUGAUAUUCUAUUUGGAUUGGUGAAGGAUGUUGCUCGAUCACGCCCCGAUCUUAAGUUACUAAUCUCAAGUGCAACACUUGAUGCAGAGAAAUUUAGUGAUUUUUUUGAUUCUGCUCCAAUCUUUAGCUUUCCAGGGAGGCGCUAUCCUAUUGAAAUAAACCACACGAAAGCUCCAGAAGCUGAUUACUUGGAUGCAGCUAUAUUUACUGUUCUUAAUAUCCAUGUGAAGGAAGAACCUGGAGAUAUAUUGGUUUUCUUGACUGGUCAAGAAGAGAUUGAAACAGUAGAAGAAAAUUUAAAGCACAGGACAAAGGGACUAGGGACAAAGAUUGCUGAACUGAUUAUCUGCCCAAUAUAUGCAAACCUACCAAUUGAGCUCCAAUCAAAAAUAUUUGAACCCACUCCUGAAGGAGCAAGGAAAGUUGUUCUUGCUACAAAUAUAGCUGAAACCUCCUUGACUAUUGAUGGGAUCAAGUAUGUAAUUGAUCCAGGCUUUUGUAAAAUGAAAUCUUAUAAUCCAAGGACUGGAAUGGAGUCAUUGCUAGUUGCUCCAAUAUCAAAAGCAUCAGCUAAUCAGAGGAAAGGUCGAGCAGGAAGAACAGGUCCUGGAAAAUGCUUCCGGUUAUAUACCGUCUGCAGCUAUAAUGAUUUGGAAGAUAAUUCUACACCAGAAAUAAAAAGGACUAACCUUGCAAAUGUUGUCCUUAUUCUUAAGAGCCUUGGGAUCCAUGACUUGCUGAAGUUUGAUUUUAUGGACUCGCCUACACCUGAAGCAUUAAUGGAAGCCUUGGAACUACUCUUUUCUUUGAAUGCUUUGAACGAAAGAGGCGAGCUAACUACGUUAGGUAGACGGAUGGCAGAGUUCCCUCUUGAUCCCAUGCUAUCCAAAGCAAUAGUUGCUUCUGACAAAUACAAGUGCUCAGAUGAAAUGAUUUCCAUUGCUGCUAUGCUUUCGGUUGGUAAUUCAAUCUUUUAUCGUCCAAAGGACAAACAAGUCCAUGCUGACAAUGCACGAAUGAAUUUUCAUUCUGGAAAUGUGGGGGAUCACAUUGCAUUGCUAAAUGUCUAUAAUUCAUGGAAGGAGACAGGUUACUCGACACAAUGGUGCUAUGAAAAUUAUGUACAAGUUAGGAGUAUGAAACGUGCUAGGGACAUACGUGAUCAACUUGAGGGGCUCUUGGAAAGGGUUGGAAUUGAACUGACCUCAAAUGCCAAUGAUUUAGAGUCCAUAAAAAAGGCUAUAACAUCAGGUUUUUUUCCACACUCUGCAAGGCUACAAACAAAUGGGUCUUACCGGACAGUCAAACCUCCACAGGCUGCUCACAUACACCCAAGCUCAGGGCUAGCACAAGUACUUCCAAGAUGGGUUCUAUACCAUGAAUUGGUGCUCACAACCAAGGCAUAUAUGCGACAGGUAACAGAACUAAAGCGGGAGUGGUUGGUGGACAUAGCCCCGCACUGGUACCAGCUUAAGGAUGCUGAAGAUUCGGGUACAAAGAAAAAGUCUCGUGGAGAAAUGAAACGAUUGUAGGACUGAAAACUGGUCACAAGUUCCAGGAAAGCAGAUUGGCAUGCAAUAACUUGGUGGUUUUUCUCGCUUAUUUUGUUUGAUUGGAUGAUGCUUCU